AUGCCCCCUGCGCUCCGAUACAUUUCCUCAUGCCUUCGCCCCAAGCUCAUGAGGUUCAAGGUCUCUAUCUGGCUCUGGGCUACAACGCAAGACGCCGCCCCUUUACUUACGCAAAUAAUUUCAUUGUUGGUCCUCAAAAGGGCUUCUUCCACCCAGUCACUGAGCGCGAGAAGCGACAGCGUCCACCAGACGGACUGUAUCGCCAUUUCAGGGCUGAGCAGUCAUGCCUUUGGCUCAUGGCAGCCCCGAGGCCCCGACAAGAGCUUUAUGUGGAUUAGAGAUGAGAUUCCUCGGUGUAUACCAGGUGUUCGAACCAUCGUCUACGGCUACGAUUCAAAUCUCAUCAAUACCACCUCAUUCCAAACAAUUAAGGACAUUGCUCGUUGCUUUGUCCAUCAAUUAGACCCAGGCGGAUGGAACCUCGAGUCUGCGAAGCCUCUCGUGUUUCUCGCGCAUAGUCUUGGAGGUCUUGUUCUGAAACAAGCAAUCGUACUAAUGGCAAAUAACAAGAUCCCUAUUCUUGAGAAGAUCAAAGGGGCUAUUAUGUUCGGUGUACCCAAUUUCGGCAUGGAAGUGUCUCAUUUGAUGGCGAUGACCAAGCACCAAGCAAACGACGCCUUGAUACAAGACUUGUCUCGUCGCAAUGUAGGUUCUUACCUGAAGCCACUACACGAGAGCUUUGACGGUCUCAUAUUCGUUCGACAUAUUCUGAUUUAUUGGGCAUAUGAGACCAAAGAGACACCAACCCCGAAGAAGCUUCCCAAUGGUAAAUGGAACAAGGACGGACCCCUUGCCCUCUUGGUCAAUCCCGACUCGGCAACGUGCCACCACGAUGUCGAUGAUGAAACAGUGACCAUUCCGAUCGAUGAAGACCACUCUAACAUGGUCAAAUUUUCAAGAGGAAAUGCCACCUUACCAGCAAUCAUCGCAACUUUGCGCAGACUAUGUUCGGGAAAAUACCAUGAUGAUUCUCCAAUGUUGACAUCGCAAUUACAUAAUUUGGCCGGACUGCCAGGCCAUUUCCAAAAUGAAGACAAGACGCCAGAAUUCACUUACAUCUCGUAUCAAGAUAGAUCAAUGGUCACAGAGAUGGAUAAGCUUGAUAAACCAGCGAAAAAUAUGUACGAGGAACUUGACUCCCCUGAGUUGAACAUCCGCAUCGAACAAAUUGAGAACCCAUAUAACGAUACCUUUCGGUGGAUCUUUGAGCAGCCCGUAUUUUGCAACUGGCUUCAAGAAGGAUCUGGCCUUUUUUGGAUACAUGGAAAGCCCGGCUCGGGAAAAUCCACAUUAAUGAAGUACAUCUACGAGAGUGAGAAUACAUGGCAGCUCGUUCACGACUGGAGAAGAGGUUCAUAUGGAGUAAGAGAAGUCAGGGCCAGUUUCUUUUUCCACUAUCGUGGGAGCAGUGUCCAAAAAUCCAUGGAAGGAUUGCUCAGAAGUCUUCUGAUCCAGCUCCUCUCCCCGGAGCUUCAGGUAGCCAAGAGGCGUUGGCAAACGAGAGCAUCAUUGAAAGCAUCUGAGUCAACCUGGGUGACCCAGCUCAAGAAUGCAAAUGCUUCUUUGGGGCAAGCUGAGAGGGGAGAGGGGGGUGUUGAUGUUGAAAAGUUUGCUGGUGAGAAAAAUGAGGCAGAAGCGGAACUCUCAGAUAUUGGGAAGGAACUGACCAGCCUUGCCAAGGAGUUUGGACAAGUCUGCGUACAACCUCAGCACCAAUUUCUCCUAGAACUUUCAGCACUGUUCCAGGAAUGGGGCAAGGAUGGGUUUCUGAACAAGUUGGAAAGAGCCUUGUGCUAUAUUCUGGACCAUGAUAUCAUGAGAAUGGAUCUGCUCCUAUUCUUCGACGCACUUGACGAAUUCGAUGGUCACCUCGACAUGAUCAGCAGAUUUCUAAAAAGCCUCACUCAAUUUCGAGAUGCUUCAAAGACUAGAGUCAAGGUAUGCUUCUCAAGUCGGCCUUGGGAGACCUUCAAACGUCACUUCUUGGAGUGUCCCAAUCUCUGUAUGCAAGACCACACAGGCCAUGACAUUGAAACCUACAGCGUUGGAACAUUGUUACCAUACCGUAUCAGCUAUCCUGGUAUUCUAGAACUCACUCCUAUCAUUCUUGGAAGGGCCAACGGAGUAUUUCUGUGGGUCAAGCUCGCCAUCAAUGAGCUUGUUGAUAUUCUGCCCCGGAGCACGGGACCUCUGUUGAGAGAAAAGCUGGAGAAGAGGAUAUACGAACUGCCGGAAGAUCUUGAUGGCUUUUAUCAGCUGAUAAUCGAACGUAUCAGUAGUUUUUAUCGACAGAGUACCUAUGUACUUCUUGAACUGGUUGUUCGCCAUAAAGACGAUGAUAAACCUCUUACCCUUCUUUAUGUCUGGGAGGCUGUGCGGAUAGCUCUAUGUAGCAGCUAUCAGAAAGCAGCUAGCACUCUAAAAAACAAAGAACACGAACAUUCAAUGGGGGAGGGAUCGGAAAAUCAAAGGCAAAAGACUGACAUCGCCAUCUGGAGCGGCGGGUUAGUCGAGACACAACAAGGGUUCGUUCAAGUGAUGCACCAAACCGUUUUGGAAUUUGUCAUGCGAGACUCGUUCAAGGAGAUGGUGCUGGGAAAUCUUGCGAACCUUGUAGCUGAGAACGGGCAUUCUUAUCAUUUCAAGUACAAGUGCAUGCUAGGGGUUCACGACUCCAAACCAGAGGAUGGCGGGAUAGUAGCCUACCAUGCUGAGCAAGCUGAGCUCACGACGGGCAUCAGCCAGUUGGACUUUAUCAUCUCCCUUCCCGUUCUGAUCGUCAUUCGUCUUCUAGGUAUGGACGUCUUCAACAACUUAGAGACUGGUCUUUUGUCAUUAGUGGCUCGUUAUGGACUGAGCCUAUGCCUCCGAGACUGGACCAAACGGCACCCUCGCCAGCUGGACCGUCUCUUCCAGUUUGAACACUCCUUGUUAUUGAUCAGCAGCCUCUUAUAUCGCCCAUAUAAUUUGCCACAAUUUCUUUCAGAGCCAGACAAGUCUAGAUAUUACAUGAGGCGAGUAUCUAUGGCUCGAGGGCUUUUGACUAGUGGAUAUGGCGUUGACCACGAGCCCGGACUUUUCAACACGAUGGUUCUAGACAUCUGUGCCAUCGAGGGGGGUGAAGGCACAGAAGCUGACAUACCGUUACAACAACUCUACGAGGCAAUCGAGCUAUUUCUAGAACAUGGGCAGGAUCCAAAUCCCGAGAUACGGGGAUAUGGGCCUGCGCUGCAUUUGGGGCCUCCAAAACUGGCAAACAGGCUGCUAGAGUAUGGUGCAGACCCAAACUCCCUCAAUUUAGAAGACCGCACUCCAUUGGAUUAUGCAUUGGACUUUCAGCAUAUAAGACCUAUGGGCCCACAGCAGACUAUCCAAUCGAGAUAUUCAAAAUGUAUGCUUCUAAUCGACGCCGGCGGGCUGCCAUCAAAGACAAACUAUAAUUCAUGGAUCAAUGCCUUGGAUCUUUUUGAAAGAGAUGGUCAUGAUAUAACCGCACUUCGUGAGAGCGAGGCGGCUAGAAAAAUGGAUAAGCUAAAUCAGGGCACUUUGGCUAGCCUUUUGGGUUGGUUUGCUCGGUCAUCAAAGGCGACAUAA